CGCGAAAGGAACGACGGACGGACCGAAACGCAGCUUCAUUUAGACAAGUGCAGUAGAGCGAGUGGCGUUUAGUGUGCCAUGCGACAUCGCUUCCUUGGUUUCGUUCUUUUCCAACCACGAGUUCGAUCGCAGCGCGCGGAGGGUGUUUGGGAACACGGACGUACUCCCCGAAUGAAGACUUAUCGCACAAAACUGUCAUUUUCCUUCAGUUCCAUGCAUAUUUUCCAAGCUCGACGGUGCGAACUGAAGAGCUGCAGAGCUAGAAGUCCCUCUAUACGCAGUGUACGUACACCUGGGCGAGUCCGCUUGAGUUGAGGUUCGCGGAAUUUUGGGAACCCUGGGAAGAGCCGUCUCAAAGCCGUUUUGGCUUGCCUAGUUUCCCCAUUCGUAGUCCCCCGUCUCUAUCACUUCCUCGUGUCAACAGCAACAGAGUUUCAUUGGCAGCUCACAGCCAAACCCAACGACCUUUGUCACCUCUUGGAGAUCCCCUGUCUGCUGCUGCCUUUGCCCAUGCAGACCCAACCAGGAAGGCAACAUUUUUCAGUCGGUCUUUCUAUGCAUCCCCUCCUCCUGUGCAGUUUUUUUCAGCUGUAUCUUCCCUCGCCGCUCAUGGUAUUUUACCUAUAGAGGGGGUUUGCCAGCCUGUUCGAUUUUCGUCGCGGAGCUGGUGAGCCUGAUCACGAGCCUGAAGUCUUCAGGCUUCAACGUGAUGGCAACCUACCAAGAAGCCAAAGGAGACGGGCAAAGUCGUUUUCUGACGGCAGCGUGUGUGCCAACGUCUUCUUCCCUUUUAAAGCAACACUGGAUUCCCCCGCCUUCCACGUCGGACCGCCUCCCGUGGACAUAUUUUCUCUUCCCUAUCCACAAUGUUGUAGCUGUAGAAGUAUCAUAAGAGUCUCUUUCGUGGUUUCCUUUCUGAUGUGGCUGUGUACGGAGCAUAGACGGAUAGGACUUGACUCCGUGCGGGCGAAGUUUCGCUCGCAUGCUGGAGUCGAAUCCGUCCAGGCUGCCGUCUGUAAAGCCUCUAUAGAACAGCGCUGAAGCUGCAUCCUGUGGCUACGGGUGCCCAGGUACACUCAGCAGAAGCACUAACGGGCUCUCUAUGCUCAUUUGCUUCCGCGUAACAACAUCAUCGCCUACCGCAGAUCUCAAUGACACAUAUACCCUCCCUUUCGUUGUUUUUCGCAAAAGCAAAAGCCCAUGCACACCGCCCUGCAUGUGAAGAAGCAUGCAGAAGUGUCUUGUCAAAAGACUGUCGGUUUUCCCUUGUCUCCCCUAUGUUUCAAAUCACGCGUUCUGGAGACCCGAACUCGAGUUCGUGCAUUAAAGUGUAGAGACAGUCGAAGUGCGGAGGCCUCCCUGGUCGCCUGCUCCGCGUCUUUCUGUGUUUGGCUUUCAUCGGGACAUGACAUCUACAAGAGAGCGCGGUGGGGUGUAGAUUUCUCGCAAAGUCACUUCGCCCCCGGUUGCUUUUUCAAACGAAGUGGCUUCAGGCCUGCGUGCUGCCGAGGCCUUGCCGUCUGUGAAUUGUGUAGGCACUUAAGUUUCAUCUGCAUCCCAAGAAACUGGCAGAGAAGCUCCACUCCUGCCGCCCUGUAGUGUGACUCGUUUUAGUUUCCCUCUCGGAAUUUCUCUCCAGCUUCUCCAGUGAACACAGCCUGACUUGAAUCGAGAGGAUAUCGAGCAAGCGCGUGUCUCCCAUCCAUUCAGCCGCCCUUUUCGUUUUUUUUUCGCUUUCCGACAGUGUGUUUUUCUCCGCUCCUUCGUCGGCUGCGCUUGCCGUCUCUGUCGUUUCCUUGUCACUCUGUGUGCAUAUCCGUGGUUUUCCUCUCUUCCAUUCAGACGUUUCAGAUUUGUUCCCCCCCGGUGUGUCGCUGCCAUUCUGAAAAGCCUCAAACGCCGCCGCCGUCCUUCUCUUUCCUGCUCUUUUCCCUCCGACAAAACUGCAAGCAUGCAAUCCAAAGACGCAGUCUGAUUUCCAACAGCCAAGUUUCUAAGAGAGCCUUUUCAAGAUGAGUCCACACAAAGACACCCCCGUUGCGCUCCGUCCCAGGAAGAACGCGAUAGAACUCACUCAUCGUGUUGAGUCUCUGUCCGGGAAGCCCAUGGGAAGGUGUCGCCGUUCUCUGUCUUCUCCAGCAAAACAGAGGCGUUCAUGCAGCGAUGCAUGCGUAGCCCCAUCUUCUUCAAAGGACAGUACGCGUCUGACAUCCCUCCUCCCCUCUCUGAAAGAAGCAUCUUCGCUCUCACUCGCGUCCACGAAUCCUGCUCGCGGUUGCCCUGCUUCAAGUUGUGGCCCAGACACGGGUCGAGUUUCGCCGCUCUCUGGGAAGAAGAAAAAAAAGCAGCGAAGAGGCGGGCGACCUCGAAUCUCCGCCGGCCUUCAUCUGAGUAAGAAAGGUCAAUUGCAAAGGAACGCUGUCGUCGAAUGCGCCUUCGAGAGCCCGCGCUUCACGAACUGGGUUGCGCCACACAGGCAUGUCAGCGUUGGUGUGGCGACGAGAAUUCUCUGGGGACGCCUGCCCCCCGUCAGAGACUCCCGUGCUCUCGGACGUCUCUGCGGGGACUCCCUGUCUCCUUCACAGUCGGCUGCGUCGCCUUCGAAGUCCCAUGCGUCUAUACGAGGCGUUUCAGUGUCUCGCCAAGGCUCUCGCGGAGUGCCUGCUGGAGACGCGAGUCGGUCCUUGCUGCCCUUUUCGCGCGUGUCUCUCCCCUCGCUGUCUCCGUUGUCUUCGUCGUCUUCGUCGGUUUUGUCGGUUUUGUCGUUUGCUUCCUCUCCAGCGCUGGCGCCUCGGGUGGCGUCUGGGACGGGAGAUCUGUGCGUCGACGCCGACGAGGAGGGGGACUGCGGAGAGGCAGUCCGGACUGAGGAGAAAGAGGCGACUUCAGGCGGUGCAGAGCAGGUCGCAGUGGAGAGCGGGGCGGGGGAAGAAGGGAAGGAGAUAACGAGAAAAGAGCGACUCGAGAGAGACGAGGUGACGGGGCAAUGCGGACACAAGGACACCGGGAGAAGUCCAAACCGAGAGAACGCCUGUGAGAGGAAGCAAAGGUUGAGGCGAAGUGGAAGAAACCUCGUGUCUGGAAAGUCAUCUCACUUUCCUCAGCAACUCGACACGGCUCGGAUUCCCCACGUUCAGACCGCAGCGCGUGCUCCUAGGCUCUUUGGAUUGCACCUGGAGAGAAAGACGGUUCCUGCCUUGACAGCGGACCCCGAGACAGGGCGGAGGCACCUCGAGAACGUCCGACAGGUUCCUGUCCUUUCGAGGACCUCUUUGUCGAGAGCUGGGAGUUGUGCGUUCCAGAGAUACUCCAGCAGAACUCACGCGGUGCCGACGUCGCAGUGUCUCGCUGUGAAGACCGCCGGCCUGCCACACGGCUGUCUCCAGCUGCAUGCAAGGGGCAAGAAAAUUGAGAAAAAAGAAAAAUCCGGGACGACAUGCACGGCGCGCUCACCUGAGGGGAAGCGAAUCUCCAAGGAUAGGCCGACGCGUGAGAUAGAGGAGCCGGGACAGAGAGGACGCAGCGAGGAGGAAACGAUCCCGACAGAAAAGGCCGACAGACAGAAGGAAUGCAGUGGCAAACGUCAUAGUGAGGUGGACGACCAAGGGAGAGAAGGCAACCAAGAAGAGUCGAAUCCGAAAGUGAAGGGAAGAACAGAGGGGAAAACUCAAGAGAAGAAGGAUUCACUAUCGGUUCGUGAAGUUCGGGAUCUGAGACAGAGACCAGGCCACAGUCUUCUCUUGAAUACGCAUGCAGUCAAACCCACGGAGAAAGCGCGGUCUUCGAAUUCGUUUUUUCCUCCUCACUCCUCAAGACGCUCACACCCAGCUUCUCCUGAGUCGGUUUCCGACUUGCGUGCUCCACAGGCUCUCUCUGUCCCAACCGCCUCGACUCCGAAACUGUCUCCCGUCUCCCCAGACGCCUCGCGAGAAAGGGGAAGCCGCGUCGCUCGACCUGCGGUCGCGACAACGGCUCCGAUAGAUUUCGAGGCAGAAAAGGCAACCAGAGACCCCCCCCUGGCGACUUUGAAAAAUGAAGCUGCGACAGCUCGUCCUUCUCGUACUUCAGAGUUGUCUUCUUCACAAUCCUCACCCGGCGAGAGCAAGCGACCAACUUCUUGUCUCAGUGCGCAGAUCUGUCGCUCCACUCUUCGUCUUUCUUCAGAUGCUUCUCUACGCGCUUGCUCUGCCCUGAACGCCUCUCCUUCUUCUCUUUCUUGUUCCCUUCCUGCUUCUCCGUCUUCGGCUUCUCCGUCUUCGGCUUCUCUAUCCUCGGCUUCUCCGCCUUCUUCUCCUUGUUCUUCUCCUUCGUCUUCUUUUUCGCACUCUGGCUUGUCUCCGCUGGUGACCCAGAGAGGCCAGGAUCUUCGAGAGAGUGCCGUGACUUCGACAGAGCAGCGGCGGUCGAAGGGCGGCCUCGGCGGAGUGAAGAAGAGCGACAGCCAAGAGUGGACGUUCAGAAGAGACAGAACAGAGAGGAAACUCGCUCGCUUGGAACAGUCGCGCUACUUUACCUUCAAACACACAAAGGUUGACGGGAAGCUGGAGCUGCUUGAGAAUCGCCGCAAAGUCUUGGAAGCGCUGCAUGUUCUCCAUACACUGUACGGAUCUGAAAUUUGUCGGCGCUUUGGACUCCGGUACACCUUCCUUGCCGAACACCACCCGACUGAGAAGAAGGCAGGCAUCACUGUGAAAAAGCCGAUGCAGACCAAAGUCCUGAACGACGGGGAGACUCCCACCGUCGUGCCAAGGUCUCUCGCGACGAUUCGCCUUCGUUUGCGAAAGAGAGAAGAAGUGAACGAACUCAUCAGUCGAUCCACUCAGCUCGCUGUUUUCUUCCAUGAACUUGCCCACCUCAGACACAUGAAUCAUGGGAAGGACUUUGCCCGCUUUCUUCGCGACAUCUUCAGCUUCGCCGCCUCUCGUGGUCUUGUUGAACAGGGAAUGACAAACGAGUUGCCUUCGCCGUGGAAGUGGGAACGAGAAGUAUUCGACCGAGCAGGGAACCUGACAGAUGCGGAGAUUGACGAACUGUUUGAGCAAGACGAAAAAGCGAUGGAAGCUGCAAAUCUCCUCUGCUGCGGCGACAGCCAGUCCGCGUCUGCACCACCGUGCGACGCGCCUGCCUCGCGUUCACAGAAUCUCCGAACUCACGGUGUAGGCACUUUCUCAACCGAAUCGGGCGAGACAGCAACUGCGCCGUCUUCUUCUUCUCCAUCGUCUCCUUCUCCCUCUUCUUCUCUCUCUUCUUCUUUAGUGUCUCAGGUGUCUAGACAGGCGCUGUCUGCGGGGAAGGCCACGGGCAGAGGUGGAGACAAGCGAGACGCUGGACAGACAGUGGAAGAAUGCACACAGGGGCGCGGCCCGGCGAGUUGCGACGAAGUCGUCGAGAAUCCGGGGACAGGACUCCGCAAGGAAAAGCCGACCAUUGUGGAAGAAACGAGUUCGCGAAACCACACGCUUACACCGGAUUUAGGAAAACGACUUGCUUCCCCAGUGUACAGCGCGAGGCGAAAAGGAGAAGCGACGACAAGCCUUCAAGGCGAGGUUCUUGGGAAGCAGACUGAGAAUGUUGAGGAAGGUCCGAGAGAGACACAAGUUCGGUUUCUGCUCGCGAGAAUCGGCGGUCGUCACACAGAAGAGCGAGCGUUGAAGCGCAAGGAAAGCGCUGCAGAGAAGAAAAGUCCGAACGCCUCGUUGGGCAACACCCGCAGACCUGUGUUUGAAUCUGCCGCGUCGCCUAGGCCUCUCAUCUCUCGCAGAACAUCUCGGGAACAGAAGACAAAAGGAUGCACGACUUCUCUUCCCUCUUCCUUAGAGUCGCCGGUCGCUGGUCUCCUUCAGGUUUCCUCUUCCUUCGACUGUGCCUCAUGUUCGUCCACUGCCUCUGAGAGUUCUUCGUCCGACGCCAGAGCGGCGCGCUGCGCUAAGCCUGCAGGUGGACAGGGAGCCACACAGGUAGUGAAUCCGGGACGCUCUGAGGGGUCUCGAGCAUUUUUAGAGCGUGUUUAGCUAGAACAAUUCAGAGGUUCAGUUGCAGUUCUCUCGCCUCUGCUCCGACAUUGUUGGAGUGUCUAGGUGAAGGCUCUUCGGGGGGAAGACGUUCUACGAUAGCUUUAGCAUUUCGAGGAGCGCACCACGCCGGCGCACGCAGCGAGGUCCGGGCCUUGGCGCAGAGGUUGACCGCGUCUUGUGAAUUGGCUCUCUCAUUGGAGGGGCAUUGGUGAAUUUCUGUCUCCAGAAAGCCGACGAGAAGACAGCGUGCAGAAGCCUCCGACUUCUGCCUUUCUGGAAGCGAGCCUUGUGCGACACUCUGAAGUCAGAAGGUCUUUCAGCAGACGCAGUCCAUUACACCCGAAAACGGAAACACAUGCUUAUACGUAUAUUUAUAUGUGAUUUAAUCCGAUAUAUAUGUGUGUAUAUAUACAUAUAUAUAUAUAUAUAUAUGUAUAUAUGUUGCUUAGAUGAUCGCAGCAGCUUCCCCCCUGGAGCGGGAGAGCGUGAAAAGGGCAACAGAGAUUGCUCCCGGAGUUCCAACAGACACGUUGAGACACCUGUUGUCCGAGUCUCCUGGACUCGAUAAUUUAGACGUUGCUUCGUUUGCGUCGACAGCUGAAGCAAUGGAAAAGGACAGCGGUUGUGAGUUUCCAGGGAGACUCUCUGGGUUCUGCAAAGCUAGGCAAUGGGGCGCCUGGUCUCAAGCUUGAAAAUGAGGUUACGGUGGCGACGAAAAUGACAAGAGAGUCAAGACGGGGGGAGUUGAAAAAACGAAGAAAAGCUAGGUUUUUAUUUUUUCUACCUUCGUCUGAAAGUGUAGGUGUCUCGUAGUGCAUCGGCUGCUUGAAAGAGAACCGACGGGAGACUUCGUCGGGAGAGUGAAGCACUGAAGAGACAUCAAUGAAGUUUUCCGUGCACCGUGUCGCCGCCGCGUUUUGAAUGAAGCAAAGAGCAUCAUGCUUGCUCAUCGCAGUAGGAACCCUUCUCCUUUUGUCGAAAGUGUCAGAUGCAUUUCACUUCAACAAACUUCCCCCAACUGUUUCCAUUCUUGCAACACCUCACUAUUUGCGCAGGCACCAGCCGACGCAGCUGAUGGAACCCUCUACCCUGCUUUCUUCUGUUCCUGUUUUCGAGUAUUAUCCCCC